CGUCGCACGUUCGGUGGCGCGGGGACGUCGUCCUGCGGGCGCCAUGGCGACCGUCGUGCGGAGCGCGGCCCGGCUGCUGCGGGGCGGCCGUCCGUCCCCGGGCCCGGGGGUGGCGAGGCUGGCGGCAGCGGCGGCCCACCCCAGGCCUGGCAGCCCGGCAGGCACCGGUAAUCUGCUGCUGCAUUCAGUUCGAGUGGUCAGUACGGACACAUUUGCUGAAGACAGAUAUUACAGCCUGUACCAAACACACAUCCCCACCAACCCACUGCAGAAAAUGCUGCUGGCUACCGGCUCUGCCUUCAUGUCUCUGUAUGAUCCAUACCGCCACGAUAUGGUGGCUGUUCUGUCAGAAACUACAGGGCAGUUAGCAAUCCGCAAACUCAGGGACAGGAUGAGAAACGAUGCGGAGGGACAUCAGAUUCUGCAGGAGAGACCUCGGAUCAGCACAUCUACACUGGAUCUAACCAGCCUGCGAGAGUUGCCUGAAGGAACGUUUGGCAGAGAAUAUGUCCGCUUUCUUGAUGUUAAUCAAGUUACUCCUGACAGUCGGAUGCCCGUGAAGUUUGUUGAUGAUGAAGAGCUUGCAUAUGUGAUCCAGCGUUACCGUGAAGUGCACGACUUCAUGCACACGUUGCUGGGCAUGCCCACUAACAUUCUCGGUGAGGUUGCCGUCAAGUGGUUUGAGGCAGUCCAGACUGGUCUGCCCAUGUGUAUUCUGGGAGCUGUGUUUGGCCCACUCCGCAUGUCUGCCAGGAAUAUCCAAGUUUUAACAAGAGACCUGAUCCCAUGGGCUGUACAGUGUGGCAGAGCUGCUCACUGUGUACUGAACAUCUACUAUGAGAACCGAUGGGAGCAGAGCUUAGAGUCACUGCGGGAAGAGAUUGGGAUCCUACCCUGUCCCCCUCUUCAACAUCCAAACAGGGCAUAAAAUGCAAGUUAUGGGGGUGAGGUUUGUAAAAUCAUUAAAUGUGAGUUACUUAGAAUAUCAAACCAAAGAGAAGUUUAUCCUGGAGCUGUCAGUCCCACAGUAUGGGGCAGGAACAAGACUGAAUAUAAAGACUACUCAAUACAUCUCGUCUGUUCAUGCUGGCUACCACAAUAAAAUCACUUAUUUCUGUUUUCA